AAUUACUUUUUCGAUAAAUAAGAAUGGUGCGUAAAUAUUAAUAAAACAAAUAUAUCUUUUUGGGAUUAUUAAAUCAUGGAAGACGACAAUAGAAGAGAAGAAAUUAAGGAAGUAACGGGAGGCAUGGAAGAGGAUGGAACUGCAUUGCAACAAGAAAGAGGUUCUGAUAAUCAGUACCAACAGCUAUCAAGACCCUCCUCCAGUCGCAAACGCAUACGAGACGAAACAGAUUCCAAUCAACAUGACAGAAAGGCAUCCCGUACGAGAUCAAGAUCAAGAUCAAAUAAGCCUCUGCAAAGAAGGCAAUGGAGAAGCGCGAAUGCCUUUUUAAAUUUUAUGCAAGACUUUAGGCAGGUAACGAAAUGCAAAAAUGACGAGGAUAAUGCAAACGUUAUGUAAGCAUAACAAUCAAAUUACAGAAUUAUAAUAAGAUGAAGAGUAGAGAUCUGUUUCGCCUUGGGGGACAAACAUGGCGGCAAAUGUCGCCCACGGAGAAGA